AACAAUUUUUCCUCCCUGAUUUUUCUGAAGAACGAAGAUUCAUUUUUUGAUUUUGGUCCGUCGCCACCCUCAGCACCGGAAGAUUGUCUCAUAUGGUGGUUCGACAGAAUCUAUCCAGYUCGAUUGAUUGGAACACCCACAAACUUUAGCUAAAAGACAGAUAUGUGUCGUAACAGCAGUGAAAAUCUAAGCCAAAAGAAAUCAGGAGAAGAUUCGGGGAAGCAACUUUCUAUCGGSGACUUCUUCGAUCCGACGUGCCCAUGGGAUUUGAGGGAUCGCCUACCCGGAGAAGAGGCGAUCCGAAAGAUCUUUUCUUUUGUACCCGAUCGCUUUAAAGAAGGUUCAUGGCUCCUCCUUUCGACUUGGGUGCUGGCGAUCAGCAUUUCCAUCGUACUAUACGUCACAGUGGAUGCCAACAUCAAAUUUCGAGCUUCUCACAACGAUACAGGAAUCAUGGAAGAUUUCGUUGGUGGUAAAUUUUACAAGGCCUUCACUGUUGAAUGGUACUACAACAUCGGAUUUUUUCUGUGGAUGAAUUUUGUUUCUUGGAAAAUAUACAGUUUUCACUCGAGUUUUGGUKCAUGGGUCUCGUUCACAAUGUGGAGCUGGACUAUUAUGUCUAUUCGCCAUGGAUUAUGUUCGAUUGCUCCCUUUUUUCCAUCAGUCCGUCUUUUGAYAGGUGCGCUGCGGUUUCCCGUACUCUUGUCGGCAUCUAUCACUUUUGGAAUUUGGAAUUUUGUCUUGAUGCCGACAAUUACAUUAGGCUUUCUCAAAGGCGAACGUCGACACAAAUUUAUCCGAUGGGCAUUCACGUGGAAAUUGUGCCAAAUCCAUGUAUUCAACAUUCUUUAUGCCUAUUUGAAUUGCGUUUGGGCAGAACCGAAUGCACAACCUUUGCACUUGGGGGACGCUAAUGCUGGAGUUAUCUAUAUCUUGGCAUAUAUCUCCUUCUAUUACUUGGUUUUGGAUCGAAUCGGCGUUCAUCUGUAUCCGAUUUUUUCACCACGUACUUGUAUCUGCAUACCAUCAUGGAUCAUGACAGCUGCAAUAUGCRUCGGUAACUACAAAGUAUGGAACAGUAUUUUGUCGGCUAAUGCAUGAUUUUGGUUCACGGCAAGAAGCAGAAAUGCGAUCAACUCAUUAUACAAGAUUCAAAUGCAACCAACAGGAAUGUGAUAGUAUUCCAAAGGUGCAGCAGGAAGAUUGCGGUAGAUUCUUUUAAAAAUGGAUUACUUCAAGGCCAACAACGAAAGAAAUACGAUCUCUACUAAUUGCUAGUAAAUUAUUACAGUACCUCACUACGGUCCUUUGAAUAUAUACUGUUACUCUUCUAAAACCACGUCUCGGUACUGGGAAUUUUUCCGAAGACAAAAUAUUCGACGGCUCUUUUUGUCAUGAACGCAAUAUUGAUGACCAGAUCGAAUCCAACAAUUGCAAUAAAGGGUAACAUAAUUAGAUUCCCCGGUUUCUUCCCGAGGUCCUUCCAAAAAGUCUUUGAAAYCGGAGCCUCGUCGUCUUCGCCAUUCUUGUUUUUGUUCUUCUGGCCCAAUGCCAUGGAGAGAGCUGUAUUCGACGGAGGUACGAACGACAGAGGCGAGAGCACCCUGAAAUCUCUAGAUCUAUCGCUUUCUGUYGUUGAAAAACUGAUCAUCGGCGMACUUCUUGCCAAUACUGGUUGGAACGCAGCAACCGGAGAAAACCACGCAACCUGCCUUUGAUCGAAUGCGGUAUCGCAUGCAAAGGCGAUCGCGAUAACGACAGCAAUCGCGGUUCUCAAAUUUUGUCUUCUUCCAUUUUGGCAAUUAAAGUUCCCCAUUCUGUGAGAAUGGGUAUAGUUSAAAUGAAACACCGAAGAUCUCGCCCUUCAGGAUUGUGAUAGUUCCGGUGACURCUUUUCCUUCCCUGACUAUCUUUCCUUCGUAUGAAGUACGUAGUCGCAGUGAUGUCUUGCAAGGAGAUAGUAACGAGAYGAGACCUAGUCCGGAGAUCGAGAGCCGGUAUGAUUGUGAGCUCAACACACGUAGAACGCUUAAAUCACGAGUGAGUAGUGAGUAACUCACGACUCUCGUUAAUGCAGGGGUAAAUUAUGACCCCUGCGUUAAUGGGUCAUUCCCGAAAACAUAUAUGUGUACUUUUUGGCAUGCCCGGCUCGGUUUAUGUAAAAAAAAAACAUAAAUUUUGGAAGAGUUGGGCCCACUACUACCAACAUUUAUGUAAUUGACAUAUUUUUUUAUUGGAAUCCUUGACUUAACAUUUCCAGUCUCGGGAGCAGGCGCGCCCUAAACUGGCGGCAAACUUCUUUCGAUUCAAGUGUCAAGAAAAAAGCACAUGAUCUUUUCGACGGCAAAGAGAAGUAAUGAGGACAAAGAGAAGGAACAACAAAGAGAAGGAACAAGGAACAAAGAGAAACAAUGCUGAUGGUUGGUGUGUGGAGCCCUGUACUUAAUUGUAAUACAAGCAUCCAGAUUCUUCUGUUGUGGAGGAUGCUGCAGCAGCAAGCGCGGCUUGCUACAAAGAGGAGGGAAGAGAGCCAGCGCUCUCGCCUUGAGAGGGAAGAAGACAUCGAAAUCCCAUGUGUGAUUAGCAUACCCUCCUCUUUGCUCCUGGCUCAAAAAAGGAUCAUGGCUCCACCAGCUCCAGUAACAGCAACAGCAACAGCAACAGCAACAGCAACAGCAGCAACAGCUGCAAGGUCGACAGGAGCUUCUUCAACGACAACAACAAGGACUGUCGUGGAAAGAGGAGGAAGAUCGAGGGGUUCUGUCAACUACACCUAUAGAGAGACCAUGGACAUGCUGGGACUCAUGAGGAAGUACCUUCCUAUUGGACCAGAGCAAUGGAAAGUCAUUGUUGAUACCCAUCAUGAGAACUGGGGGACUGGAAGAGACAAGGACUCCAUGACCAGGAAGUACUCCUCCCUCCACAGGAAACAAAUUCCUACUGGGAAUCCAUAUAUGUCGCCAGCAAUCAAGCUUGCAAAGGAGAUCAAGCUGUUGCUUGGUGCRAAGGCAGCUAUUGGAGAUGGGGAAGAGGAGUUUGAUCUGGAAGAAGGAUACACAAUUAAUGAGGAUUACACCACUUUAGUGCUAGGUAGUCAGCACAACGCCGACAACAUAAAUGAGUCCCCAAGUCCUCCACCUCUUCAACAGCCCUCACAACUUACACAGCCUACACAAGAACUUACCCAAGAUGAAACUGAGCUCCUCCUCACUCCACGGCGUGAGGAGACACCGACUCAGCUUGAGGCUGCAACUUAGAUGGUUCAGCUUGCUCAACAAACUCAAUCCACUCAAUCUGGUACCCAAUCGACUCAAGCAACAACAACAACAACAAGAACAACAACAGCAAGAACCCAAUCGACUCAACAAGCAUCGACUGUUUCAGUUCCUCGACCUCCCCUCAAGAGAGCAUACUCAAGAGCCCCCAGCCGCUCUACCCCCAGCAGUAUCAGCAGCAACAACACUAAUAUCGAGUCCUUGUUCCAGAUGUCCAUGAAGCACCAUGAAACGCUUGCUCAAGCAUCGAUGCAACAGCAGAAAGCUUACCAAGAAGCAUCGCUUCAACAGUAUCACCAUACUUUGACAGAAAUCAAAGAUAUGGUYCGUGUUGUUGCCAGUGCGUUUGUCCCCAGCGCGUUUGUCCACCAGAACAAAAAGAGGAAGAGACAGAGACAGAGACAGUGUGAGGACUUGUCCUCCUCCUCGUCCUCCUCAGAGGACUCAGACGAGGACAACGAUGACGAUUCAAAUCCCAUGGUCAAAUACUAAUUAAGAUUACUAAAUUAAACUACUGUUUGCUGAUUGCUGUUUACGCCACUCCUUGCUGAUUGCUGUUUGCUCCAUUUACGCCACUCCUUGCUGAUUGCUGUUUGCUCCACUUGCUACACUGAUUUAUGAGUACUGAAUACUAAUACUGCUUCUAAAUCCAAUACGCGAUACUAUGUGUAAAAGGAAUCAUACUCGAUACUUCGUGUAAAAAGGUUCACAUGAAAACUUGUUGGUUCCCGUGUCCAAUGAGUUAGCUCUAUGUAAACAAAAGCAUGCCAGCAAUCGUGUGGGAUUCCAACGUGUUCCCUCCUCUUAGUUACCGGUCCCGGUUUUUGUGGGAAGGUCCCCGCAAAAACUGGCAACACAAAAUAACACGGCGCUACAGUGGGAAAGGAACUCAAAUAACACGGUGUACCGUGUAGGUAGCUUCUUGUUUGCUCCUUUUUGCUUGCUCCUCGCUCUUCAUAAUCUAACUGGAGGAGUAACUGGAGUAACUGUAGCAAUAAUCGAUACUAUUAGUAAUUCAUUAGACAUUAGAUAACUGAAACAACCAUGGCAAUCAACAAUCGACAAUCUACAACAAUGCAAUCGACAAUCGACAAUCCGCAAUCGACAAUCUGCGCUCCUCACGAGAACAAGCCAGGGAAUGAGGUAUUGGUGUCCCCAUUGGGCUGAAGCUGGUAAGAAAAGUAUCCUAUCUGCCUACUGGCGUAGGAUUCUCUCAGCUUUUCAAAGGAUUCAAAGCCACUCGUAUCGCUCAUGAAGGUGUUGAGGAUUUGAUUAAUGCCCACCUUGCUGCACUGAUAAUUAUACAACAACACAAUUUGGGUGUUUAUGCAACACAAAAAGAAGGACUUUUCUUGAAAAUUUCAACCAUUUAUAGAGUGGUGUCGAGGUAAGCCCAAAAACCAUACUCAAUGUUCUAGCUGCUGAUCCACGCGUCCUGUACCAUGUCAAGACUAAUGCCAGCCCAAUAGUUGGGGUUAUCACUCUUGCUUUGCCCUUGGGUUUGCCUUCCUUGGUAAGGGCUCAAGGUCUGAUUUGCUCAGUGUAGUAUCUGUCCACAGUGUACGUAUCAAGAAACACUGGCUUAAAAAUGGAGAGGAGCUCCCUAAAGACAGGAUGGUCUACACCACAGCAAUUUAGCAGAGCCUGGUCAUCACCAGAACCAAACAAAUGGAUGAAGGGGGAUUCCUUUACACUCAAGAGUCCAAUCCUUGGCAUCCUUCUGUCUCGUCAGCGCUUGUCGUGAAGGGACAGUCGAUGACGAGCCGGCCUCUCCUCCUCCUCCUCCUGUUGUUGCUGGAGAGCCCGUGCAGUUACUAAAACUAACUCAAAGAAGGACAUUUUUCUGUGAAGGAGCAAUCGAUUGCCAAAUAGUGAGGGUAGGGACUGUUUUGUGCUGGUCGUUGGUGUUGUUCUUUCGGAGGAUUCAAUUUUGGAGAAGGAUUCAGUUUUCGAGGAUUCUGUUUCCGAAGUUUUGAAGGCACAGCUGGUUUAGUGAAAAUCCCAAAGUUCCCGCCACUUUGGAAUUUUGUCAAAUUGCAUGCAAUUUAUACAGGAUUCCAAAUUCCAAAAAUGGGGGGAAAAUAUGUAAGUUKAGCUGGCCGGCGGUGCCAUCUGUACCACUGAAAGUGAUUCCCGAAAACAUAUCACAGAAUAUGUUUUCGUGAAUGACCCAAUGUGCGGGACGAGUACGGUUGAAACGUAGAAGUAAUGUACUUCGUACUUCAUACUUCAUUUCGUUGCCAGAUUCCACGAAUGAAUCACACUCAAAAAAUUUAAAAAAACUCUACUAGCAAAAUGUUAAAGUAUCGUUCGUAUGAUUAUUACAGUCAUAAGGUAUGGUACUAACGAGACUUUUACUUCCUUUGAUUCAAAUCGAUUGGUUGAUGGACAGUCGAUCCCGCAGGAGAAGAAAACUUCUUCCGAAUUCAAGGAACCAAAGGACGGCGGCAUGUGGAGRGCAUGUUCAUGGAAUUGCAUUUGCAACGUGAAUUCUUCGUGUACGACUUGGAUUUUUUAGUCACGGUGGUGUCAGAAGUUUGAGAAAGAUUCUUCAACGUGGAUCCAACGCCAUCAUCAUGGUGUCACCGAUUUAAGUUUCUUGUCCAAUCAAACGAUUACGUCGACCAAUUUCAAGUUCGUAAACAAGAUCGUGCAGUUGCCGAUAAAAUACCGGAGCUGGUACGAACGCAUUGGAGAAAAAUUUAAACCAUCUGKUAGAAAUUAAUACUAGUAAUAAGCAAUACAUUUUUCGACCACUCUCACAUWACAUAAAAUCCUGUGUUGAUCAAAAACCAAAGUAAAGUAUCAUACCAUGAAGCUUCUUAGUCUCCUUCUCAUCUCUGCUAGCGCCAGUGCCUUCGGUGUCAAAAGCCCUGCCUUGACGAAGACCAUCUCGUCCGUCACUGUGGACAACGAUGUCGUCAAGCCUGCCUUCAAAAAAGAUGCGACCAAGAGCCCUCUCUUCCGUGACCCUACCAUCGUUCGCGGAGGUGCUGUUCCUGGAUGGGCCGCCUACAACAAGGCUUUGGAUGAKAGUCCAUUGACCGCGAAGGCUUGCACUUCCCUUGUUGGAUGGGGACUCGGUGAUGUGUUGGCACAGGUGAGAAAAAUAAUCUAUUUGAACGCCUUAGUUAAAAACUAUUCCAACGCGUGGCGAUAAGGYUAGACAUGAUAGAAAKUUCUUUUUGUUAARACUGAAUCGAAGUGAAAGCUAURAUUGUUUCUUACAAUUUUUUGUCAUUCAAAAUAUUCAAAAUUCAAUGUAUGUUCAACCAAAACGUAAGGUCUUUAUUACUGGAGGKGCCUUCGAUGUCAAGCGAUUCAUCACCCUCUCCCUCUUCGGUCUUCUGUACCACGGACCUUCUGGUCACUAYUUCUACAAYUGGCUUGAUGGCAAGAUCCCCGGAAAGGAUGGAGCUUCCGUUGCCAAGAAGAUCCUUAUCGACCAGACCAUGUGGUGCCCUCUUUUCAUGACUGUCUUUUUCACCUACCUUGGACUUGUUAACGGAGAUUCAUUCGGUACCAUCGGAACAAAGAUCAAGACCGAUCUCCUUGCRGCCUGCCAAGGAUCGUGGAAGGUCUGGCCUGCUGUUCACUUCGUCAACUUCAAGUUCAUCUCCAACAAGCACAGAUUGCUCUUCCUCAACGCAGUCCAAGUUGGUUUCAACAUGUUCCUCUCUCUCCUUGGAUCGAAAUAAAUYGAUUCCUUCUUUUGGCGCCGAAUCGAAAACGUCAGAWUGUUUGUGCAGCGUUUUUUUACAAUUUCCAUGUGCUAGAAUUGCGAUAAGAUACAGAAGGGUUCGGUUUCCCUACUUAUAGAUGGCAAUAACAACUAAAAGCUUGUGUCGAGA